GGAUUCUGCUACGCAUGAUGGAGACGGACCCUCUACUACAAGAUAUCGACUGCGUUAUCGUAGACGAAGUGCACGAACGUAGUUUGGAAACGGACUUUCUCUUAAGACUACUGAAAACGCACGACCCUUAAGCAUUUGUCAGUAGCGUCCUAUUUAUGCAGUUGUCAUAUUAGAUUAUAUAUAUAUUUUGCAGUUGGACGGCCACGGCUUUUUCUAGGUACUUAUGUGAAGGUGAGUCCACCAGGUGGGAUGCCUACUUUUUUACUUAGAUGAUUAUGCUGCAUUAUAUGAAGAGCACAGACAUGAGCAUGACAUCAUGCGUCCACAUCAAAGGAUACCAAUGCGGUGCCUCUAAUUCUCUUGCUUGUCUUGCGGGACGUGAUGCGUAUUCGAAAUGCGGCAGCGAUGACGCAAGAACGUGG